AUGUUUUGAUGGACUGCAUCCAUCCUGGUAUUAUUGUUUAUCACUUAAUUUAUAAUGUGGUUCAUGUGAUCAUUUACCCGUGCCUGGACAAGCCUUUGUGACAUGAAUGAAGCACAUGGCAGUUGCGGCUGGCCGGUCAGGUGUUGGCUGCACCACUGCCGGACGUAGUCGUCUCUUGGCAAAUCCGAGCGUCAAAAAGCAGUGGCAGAAGCUGUUUAUCCUGUAACCUGGAAUAUAAAGAAAUGGAUUACAUUUAUGAAGUUAUAUAAAGCAAACUCGGUUAUUAAAGCUGCAUUUAGUAGAAUAAACUGUUAAUAUUCAUUCCGACACGGGUGGUAUGACAACCUGUUUUCCCUGGCCAGGCAGACACGCGGUCGGUUUAAAAGGUUUUAGUGUUCAGUUACUCUUCCUGCAGGGCGGGUGUUAGACAAAAUUUGUUGCUAAGAAACCAAAACCAAAAAAACAAUGACCAUAUAAGUUAACAGCGAAGCUUGUGCAAAUGGCUAUUUAAGUAUCAGCAAAGAGAGGACCUCGUCAAGAAAGCCAUGGUGCGCCGUCACGACUGCACAACCACACUAAUACUACUACUGUCAGCUACAACGUGUUCCGCAAUUUUGAUGAAUGGCACGACGUUCCCACCCGUCCUGCAAGGUGAUUGGUUCUUCUGGGAGGAUGGGCGGGGCGCUGAGACCGAGAUCUUCCCGGAGCACAUAAGUGGGCGUGGUAAACCCGUAGAUCGGGAGAUGAUUCGUCGAGACACCUUCCAGUACGUCUUCCAACACCAAUCAGGAUGCUUCUCCUGUGCAAGAUUCAUAGCUAGGUCUUGGAACAUCAUAGAAAGGCUGGAGAGUCCUUGUGUGAGCCCGGAGCGCCUGGCGGCCACCACGUGCCAGGUGGUGUGCGCCAGGGUGGGGGCGGGCGGCCGCAGCGGCGCCCUGCUCUUCCGCCAGGACCCCGUUCUCCUCAACUGCCGCCCGGCCAUACACGGCCUCUACCACUUCGCCUGGCAGAACACCUUCAGCUUCACCGGGGAGUGCAACCACCCAGAUGCGUCCAUCCGAUCGUGUCAGCAGCCCGGCAGCCAGUUCCUGAUUGACAGUCAGACCUUCUCCGUCCAUUAUAAGAAGUGUGAGGGCCUUGGGCAUUCCUUCGAUGCAACCGUGGUGUUCUCGUGCCUGGGGGACUGGUACGUGGGGAAGAACCACUACUUCGCGGUGGUGAACACGAAGGAGUCGCGGAAGGAGGAGAUGUAUCGGUGCUUCGUGAGGAGCCGGGAGGACGACCUGUACAUGGGCCACUCUCUCACGCCGGAGUGCGCCCCGCUCAAGACCCCAGAGAACAGCCCCGUCAGGUUCCGCCUCUCCUACGUCAAGCACGAGGACGUGAGCCCCGGCUGCUUCCUGCCCAGCAACCUGACGGGCAGGUGGGAGUCGACGGGGGCAGGGGAGCCGCAGGUGGUCAUCAACGCCACCCACAUCCAGGAGACCAUCUGGAGGGGCUACUCCGCCAAGACCUCCUCCUACGUGUGUCUCCAGCAGCGGGGCGACCGCUACCUGAUGGCCAAGCUCAGUGUGGAGGGGUGCCAGACGGAGUACGUGUGCUGGGAGCUGGUCCCUCGCCACCACAACAUCGUCAGGUACCGCCUCACUUGGCCCCUCAUCUACAGGAGCUUCCAGGUGUGUGACUACGCCAACUUCAGGAGCACCAGGGAGUGGAAGUACGACACUCUCAUAGCGGAGUCCCCUGAUCCAGUCUCCUGUCCAAUUGGCGGUCGCUUCUACUUCGCGCAGCGAGGCCCGUCGCCCCUCGUGCCCAGAGUGCUCGGGGGCAUCACCUCCUCUCCCCUCGACACCUACCCCUGUCACGUACGGGUUUCUGUCAUGUCCAUAUGUUCCGAGGACCGUAAGUGGAUUGUCAUUGAUACGGACCUCUGUCUCUCUCUCAACAAGGACGGACAUCCUGUCGAUUUUAACAGUGUGACUGAUUACCGCCUGCAGUGUGUGGGGUACUGGCAGGAGAACCUAUUGUCUUACCUCGUCACCUACGACCCCUCCGACUCCGUCUCCAGGUUCAGGUGCUGGGUGUACCAGCGAGUGGGACUGAGCCAGGUGUUGGUGUCACAGUCGGUGGGGGCGGCCUGUGGGCUCCAUCAGACCUUCCUCUCCCACACCUACGAGGAGAGCGCCGCUGUGGCCCUCAACCUCACUCUCAGCGAGCGCCUCUACGACCAGUGCCCCAUGUUCUACGAUGAUGGCAAAAAUCCGUGGCAACCCAAGGACGACAUGGUCACUGUCUUCAGGUUCUUCAGCAAUGCCCCUUCCCCUUGUGUCAUCUCUGAUGUCAUCAUGCUCCUCCUACUAGCAACCCUUGCAUGGACUUGAACGAUAUCUUCACCAAGACUUAAUUUGUAUAAAUUAUCACUAUUUUUGUACCGUUUCACUCAGGUUGGCUGUGAUUUUAGUAUUUUGAUUGUCUAAAUAUUAAGAAGUCCUCUGUUAGUGUUGUUUAUUGAUGCAUUACACAAGCCUCGUGGCCUUUGAGUAAGUGCAUCUCUGUAUGGUUCCAUAUGUACGUUACUGUGCUUGAAAUUUACCUGAUUUAUCUGAGGGCCACUAAUUGUAGUGGCCUCAAUGAAGACAGGAAGCCGGUGGCUUGUUGAAGGUCCCCACAGUUGCCUUGAUCUUUUUCUAGGUAUAUUUUAAAGCUCAUUUUAAUGUGUGUGUUUAUGUGAGAAUGACUGGGCAUUUUUGGUCAAGGGUGUGGGGUAGGGGGGGUGGGUUGAAGAAAGGGAUUUUUAUCUUAAAAUAUACAGUCAGUAUAAAUGCUUAAAUGUAUUAAGUUUGAAAUUGUUUUCUUUCAUCAAAACUAUUUUUCCACCAUGCAGUAUUUACAAUUUUGUUAUAUUUCAAUGGACAAAUGCUAAGUUAUAGAAUCUUAUAAGAAUCUGUCGAUAAGUGCCAGUUCUUCCAAAAGUCUUCAGUAUUAUCCUUAGUCGAAGCCAUAUACAAAAUACUGUACAUUUGAUUGUUAAAUAACGUUACUGUAAUAGUAAGCCAAGCAGAGAGAGAGUCAGUGAGUUGUGAAAACAUCAAUUAACAGAGAUGUGGAAGGAAGUAUGUAUGUCAUCUAAUCCAAAAAAUAAAAUAAAAUCGUGGAAAUUCCCACAAAGUUUGACUAAUUAAGAGUAAUGACUGGAGAAUAUUUUCCCCCAGAGAACUUAGAGAUUAUGACCCCGUUUAUAUUUACUGUGCGUAUUGUUUUAAAUGCUCUCUGUUGAAAAAAAAAAUGGUUACGUCUUGUCUAUCAAAGUGUGUAAAGAUGCAUGUCAAGUUCUAUUUUUCAGUUGGGCAUCGAUUGUCUGGCCACACAGGCUUCGGUAGGCCAGUUUGAGGGGUCAUUCGGAAUCUUUCUCUCUAGAAGCAGUAUUAUACUAUUAUAUUUUAGCUUCUUGAUAAUUGUUUAAGUGAUCUCGCAUAUACUCAGACAUCGAACAUUUUCUCAAGUGCUUUUAAAGCCAAUAUGAUCUCUUGUGUAAUUUGGGAUGGUUGAGAAAGGGGAGGGGAAAGGAGCUCUGUGUUCCCACCUUUCUUCCUCUUAUACAACCCAUUAUAUAUACAGUAUUAUGUUUUCUGCCUCGUGAUUAUAAUGAGUAGUAUCAUACAACAUUACUGGGAUUUAUACUGUGUGAUUGUAACCAAUGUUAUGGUAUAAUGAUAUAAUAUCACUAGUUACUAUGCCACAUUAUAAUGCAGUGUGUGACAGAUUGCUGGUGUCUGUGUUAUGUAUGAUAAUAAAUGACAUUACAUGGUGUGUACCAAGUUGCAGUACCCCUGUACCAGGACAUUGUAACCAAAUUUACACAACUUUAUUGAGUACAGUAACACGUUACUAUAACAUUUAUACUGUGUUACUGGGUCUUAUGCUACAGGACUGUAAUUACAUCGUUACUUCCCGUGUAGUCAUUUUCCUCUUAAGGUAAGGCUCACUGGAUUCGACGAGGAGCCUCAGAGCAGCAACCCCCUUGAUUCUAUAUCAUAGUCUCGAUUUUAAUACCGAAUUGUAGGUUAAUUGCACAACAUUUUCAGGUCUCGUGACUGCUAUUUGUGUACAUAAAAUGUGGCUAGUCAGUGACCAAAGGUUCUCAGUUUAGUUCCUAAUACAAAUGUAAAUAGCCCAUUAACCAUACCACAAAGAGUUUCACAAUACUAACUUUUCACCACACUAAAUGCACCUAUUUAUCUACACUCGAGAUAACAAAAAAAAGUGUACAGAUUAAAUGGUAUUUACUGGAAAUAAAUACAAUGGAAAUGUAAGAUAUAGAGGACAAUUGAAUAUUGGCCUCGAUAGGUUAAGUAGAUAGAUUUAAGGCCUCGACAGGUUAAGAUAGAUUCAUACGCUUAUAUGUGAUACAAAAACUGGACGCUUGGUGUAAUGUAAGAAAUGGCUGUUGUGCAAAGACACUUUUUGGUCACCGCGCGGGACGUCAAGUCACACACUAGGCUAGCUUUAGGUUCCCAUUGGGUACAGGAAGCCUAAUGGCUUAUUGAGAAAUCCCUGGCUAACAACUGACCGUUUGCGAUGUACAGUACAUCAAUUGGAUAAGUUGGAUUCAAUUUAAGAGUUGGAUAAGUUGGCUAGUAUCCAUAUGUGUUGGUAAUAAUCCAACAUUAAACAGUUUUCAUUUUUUGUAUGAAUUAACAAGAGUACUUUUAAAAUGUUUUUUUUUUUUUGGUUCCCCUCCAGUGAAAUUCAUUCUAUUCUUUAUGUAAACCGAAUGAGAAAAUAAAUUUUUAAUUUUUGUAUAUUUUGAGUAUUGUUGUUAUUGUGCCUGAAUACAAAUUGUAUAAACUGAGAUACCGGUCAGUGUUGAUGACCGAUUAAUGGCAGGAUUCAACGAUCAUUUACACAUCCACUCAUUAACCUGUACAUCUUUUCUCAAUCUUUGGCAUUUUUUUUAUACAAUUAUUAAAUAAUUUAUGAGCUCUGAAGCACUGUAUGAGGCUAUUUAUAACAAUAAUAUUUGAAUGAGAAGUUUCGGUGCUCGUAAACUCUUUUUGAUAAAUGUAAGCAAAGUCAUCACAAAUUGAGAAAAGGUGUUCAGGUUCGCAAGUAGCUAACUAACUACUAUAUAUUAUAACUAUAAAUUAAACUGCUUGUUGAAGCCUGGCCCAGACCAAGGACAUCGUAUCUUCGCACUUCUGCAGACACUACGAUAAUCUUCACUGUCAACUCGAGGAGAGAAAACUCUUACGUAAAUUGCUUAUAGCCAUGAAUAAGUUUAUCACAAAAUGCAUGAUGAUAAUAAAAGGUAAAUUUUGUUUUAA